AUACGAUCUUUGUUUUAGCCCCCGCAUGACGCGUCACGUGGCACACACCGCGCGGCGUCGGGUCGACACGUUCUUUGAAUCCAGUCGAUUGAUCUACGAUGUCGAAUUACCAGAAAAAUAACCAAAAUCAACCACCUUAUGUGGCUGUUGAAACCAGCCUGGGAAUGCUGGUUGUGGAGCUCUAUUGGAAACAUGCACCAAAGACUUGUAACAACUUUGUUGAACUUUCAAGAAAAGGCUACUACAAUGGCAUCUCAUUUCACAGAAUUAUCAAAAAUUUCAUGGUCCAAGGAGGAGACCCUACAGGAACAGGUCGAGGAGGUGCUUCCAUAUAUGGUCAAUAUUUUGAGGAUGAAAUUCAUCCAGAGUUGAAGCAUACUGGUGCUGGUAUUCUUUCAAUGGCAAAUAGCGGACCAAAUACGAACGGAAGCCAAUUUUUCAUUACCCUUGCACCGACGCAGUGGCUGGACGGCAAGCAUGCAAUUUUUGGGCGACUCUCCAAAGGCCUUGCGAUUUUGAAGCGAAUGGGCAUGGUGGAAACGGACGGCAACGACAGGCCUCGGGAAAAUGUAAAAAUAAUGGUAGCAUAUCCAGUAAUGGAUGCUGAUAGUUGAACACGUCUACUGUAUCAAGAUGAAUUUGGAACAAUCAACGCUAAGUGGGAUCUGUACAACCGGUUUGCGCGUGGAAAAGUGGAUUGUGGGUUCGUAUCCUCAUAUGGACAUAUCCAAUUCCAUCGCAAUAUUGAUCUCAAAUCUCUAGUGAUCAAUAUGCAGAGUACAGUACAUAAUGUAUAGGCUUGUUUUACAUGUUGUAGGACUCGGGUUAUUUUUUUAGGACCCUUAUUUUCUACAGUUGCUUAUCCAAUGAAUUAUUGUAUGGAUAGCACUUUCGCAUUUUGGUUGCAGUAGAAAUAUUACAUACUAUAUUACUAUAACCAAUAAAAAUAGAUAUUUUUUUUAUGCAUUACUGACACACAGUGCAGUGAAGUUUUACCCCUGAGGGAUGUUGACCUAAAUAGUGCCACCAUUAAAUCUGUU